GAUACAUUAGCGACUCGCUGCAGGGCGCCGUCCAUCCGUCCGUCCGGCAUGUCUUGUUUACAGAGGGUUUGGGAUACAGACCCAAGGUCCAGUUGAAGGCUAUAGAAAAAAACUCCCAUCCCUGCGAAAGAAAAUUUUUCCAAUGGAUGAAGAUGCUAUUCCCCCAAUUCCUGUCUGUAGUGCACCUCCCCUCAGUGAACCUCCAUCACCUGUCCUCCCCCUUUCCUCAAUCACCCCCAGCUUUGGAAAUGAUGGUCCAUCUAGACAAAGGAGGAGGGGUCGCAUUCAAGAAAUCAGAGCCAGAACUCAGAAAAGGCUGGAAAGCGCAGACAUCAAAGCUGCCCAGAACCAACCUGAAACAAAUCCGUCCUCAACAAAGAAGCAAAGGGAGAGCACAAAUAUGGUGCAAGCAUCACAGUCAAAUCUACUUGGAGUUGGAAAGACUCAUGUACAUAAGAAACCAAACAAGGUUGGAUUUUCUAUCAGUUUUACAGCAGAGCACCAAAAUGAGCUGAAGAACUCAAAUGACCCAGAAAAUGAGGCCGAUGCCUCUCCUUUGGAAGAUGUCUUGGAACCAUUGCUAGAACAGAAAACACAAAAUCCUGAUGUGACUAAAGCUGACGUGGACACAUGUCGGGAUUUAACAGGUGGUGACCUUAGUAAAGACACCUCUGUCUCAAGGGGAUGGGUGAUCGUCCCGUUUUUUGAGUCCCUGAAAUCAAAGAUGGCCAGCUUCACUGAGAUUGUGAUGACUCCAGUUAAACUCUUCAGAGCCAGUAGUCCUCCACCACCCACGGUUAAGGAGCUGGAGGUCAAAGGAGAAACUGAUGUCAAUGAAUCCGAGCAAUGCAAUAAGUUUAGUUCAGAAGCACAAUUUCUUACCAGCCAGCAUGGCCUCAUUGACUCCUCAGAAACAAAGAGUGCUGAAAAUAUUGCACCCAAAUAUGCUAAAAGACUGAUGUUUGAUGAUUCAGUAUGUAGGACUGAACAGCAUUUAGAAGAUGCAAUAGGUAAAAAAGAUACACCCGUACCUGAUGUAGUGCCUUUGGUGCAUGAUUCCUUAACCUGCAUAGAUUCUGAAGGAGUUGCUGAACUUUGGGGAUCCUCCGUCCUGUUACAACCUUCAUCCAAAGUAUGUGCCUCAAAUGAAUCAAGCUUAAAAGUUUACUCUGCUGUGGAGGAUCCGAAAGGCAAACUGUCCAGUUUAAAACCACUCUUGAGACAAGAUACAGGAAAUGGAUAUGAAUCAGUGGAGGAUGACUCUGCGGACAGAAAUCGACUGAUUAAACUUCAGCUCAACAGUGACGAGACUGCUAAUUUAGAAGGUUGCAGCCUGGUUCGACAAAGCCUCAGCACAAAUAGAAGCCCACUGAAGCCUUCUGUAGAUACAGAGCAGAUGGAGUGCCAACAAAUCCCUGAGAUGCAUUCAGUGUCAAACCUCGCACAAGCCAAGAGGGGGCUGAAGCACAACUGUGCUUCUCAACAAACUCUAAAUAGGAAAAACAAGACACUGCCUGUGGAUGUCGAUGGAUUGCAGGGGACAAGAGCUCCCAGAAAGAGGGUUGCAGUCAUGCACAGUAUUGCAGGUGUAGAGGAAACUCUAAAACCUGACGACAAAAGACGGGCUGUGUCAACAAGAGCAAACACAAAAGGAAAAAACGAACAGGACAACAGGAUGGUUUGCUUAUUGGAUGACAGUAUUAGUGAGUCACACCAUUCAAAGUCUAAAAAAGCAAAGCUUAGUAGUCCACGCAAAAGACUGCAAACAAAAACAACUCUUAGUAAAUUUGAUGUAAGCAGUGCUGAUAUUAUGAAUGUUGAGACUGCCGUGCCUAUCCCCCCUGCUAAACAUGUGAAAAGGCAAUUAUCUGUAGUCCUUGUACGCCCUGCAAUGAAGGACCUCCAGCACUUAAGCAAGUGUGGGAAUACAAAUACGAAGCCGUUAAAACGCAAAACGCCAAAUCACAAAAGUUUAGAAACUGAAUCUGAGAGAAUUUUGGUGCCUGUCUCGUCGCUUGAUGGACUGGAACCUAUGAACACAGACAAUAACUCCGCUCUAAGUGAUCAAAGAGAAGAUGCAUCAACCAGAGAAGCACAGGAACCAUCUAAAAGGCUCAAGAACAGUCUGCGAAGUGCUGUUAAGCUCUCAGUCUUAGCUGAAACUCAAGAGAAAAUCAAAGACGGCCAGCUAAACAGUUGCAGAGGUAAAACCUCUGAAGUCGGAGUAUUUUUGGGAAUGAAACCUGAAAAUAAUCUCCAACAACCAAAUUUGAAACUUCCUCUACGCUAUUCCGGACGGUUGAAUAAGGAGGAUAGAGUUGUUACAGAAAAGAAAAGGAAGAGUUCAGCUUCCAUGGCAGCUCAGAAUUUUCUCAAAGACUCAAAGACUGAAUUCAGCAGCUGUAGUCCUAACCCGAAGAUCAGACAUGUUAACAUUAGGCAACGAAGAACAGAUAACCAAAGAAGGAGAUGCAGGGUUUUGCAUAACAGGACUUGUAAAACUGAAGAGGAAUCCAGAUCUAUCACGGUGGAGGAUGCAGAUCUGGCUUCCUCACGUGUUCACGCAUCACAAGAUAACUUUUCAAGGCGACUCUUACGCAGCUACUCAUGCCCAGACAUCCUCAUCCUCCAUUCUGAUGAAUCACCCUGGACUUCUCCUCCACAUUCACCACAUCACAGGGCUCAUGCAUCUCACCACUACCAUCAUCACCACGGCCAUUUGAAUUCCCACGCUCAGAGGUCCCUUAGACGGGAGCGUCGGCACACAGUUUCCAGUGUGGAGGUGGAGAGGGAGAUUGCCCCUCUCUGUCUUCGGAAAGAGGUGUACCCAUCAAGAAGAUCUGCCUCUUGCGAAUCCAUGACCCAUCACCUGUCACCUACUCACACACAUUCCCAUUGCAGCUCCCUCACCGCUCUUGCCUCCUGCUUCCUCUCAAGUCCUCUGGCUUUCCUUUCCAAAAAAUUUGAAUGCAGGGGAACUGCUACCAGCCCCAAUACUUCUUGCCGUGUUCCCUCGCCACCCCCUUCCUCUUCAUGUUCCACCACGUGGCAUUCUCCAGGUUUAACUCUAGGAUCUAAAGCUGCUACUGUUUUGGAAUCCAGCAGCAGUGAGAAUCCGGCAGCGUAUGAGACGGAGAGGAGGCAGCAAAGUGAAGAGGAGGAUUAUGGCGAAGACACCAGCUCCUCCGGUCAGGAGUUUGAAGAUGCUGGGUUGAGAGAGGAAAAAGCUCUGUCUGACUCCGAGAUUAAAGUUGUCAAGAAACAUGAAGAACAAAAAAAGGUGUCAUCCAUCAAGAUUCGAAAAACUUUACCAAAACCUCAGACCAACCUGACACCUAUGGGUCUGCCCAAACCCAUCAGGGUGAAAAAGAAGGAGUUCAGUUUGGAAGAAAUUUACACAAAUAAAAAUUUCAGCAAGCCUCCAGAAAGCCGCCUUGAAACCAUAUUUGAAGUCCCUCUCAAUCGUAAGAAUGGCUCAGAGUCCUGGUUCGGCCCGAGGCGUGUCAAGCGGUUCCUCGAGUUCUUGGAGGUCGGUGAGGUGAGGAAGCCAAAGAAGCCUCUCGUUGGAGUUGGGAAAGCAGGUCCUUCCUCAUCAAGGCCACGACGAGGAGGUUUUCCUAAAGAUGGAGUGUCCCUCAGUGUUCAGGAUGUGGACUCCCUGCUCUGCUCCAAGCUGGAUGAGUUAAAUCUGUGGCUGAUACAUGAUCAGAGCAAUGGCUGAAGGAAGAGUCUCCGGUAGCAAUUAUUGGGCUACAAUGAAAAACCAGUUGGUGCUGUUCCUGUGGGUUAUUAUGACGGCGGUCUUCUGCCGUUUAGGUCCGUUCAAAUGCUGUUGUUGGAAGCUACAAAUGAAUCUCUCUGGCCUCUAAAUAAAAGAACUGUACAUCAUGGCAUAAAAAAUAUUGACCUGGAGAAAUUAUUUAUAGGCAUAAAUAUUUGUCUGGUAAUGACCUGUAAAGCAAAAUUUUAUUUAUUCCAAACAUUUUGAAAUAAAGUUUCUCUUUGUACAUUAGUAGUUCACGUUUGUUUAAUAGUUCUAGAGCAGGGACAUUUUACAAGUUCUACAAGGGCAAGUUGAAAUCAAAUUGAUAUUAAAUCCAAUUUGAUUUAUUCUUUUAUGAAAUGAAGCAGCCAAACUUGCUUGUGUUUAUCUCCUUGCAGCAUCAUUGUGAGUUAUAAUGGCAGCUAUUUUUUUCUUUUUAUAUUAAAGCCUAUAUAUAACUUUUAAAAGUGUCUGCGAGAGAUUUGUAUUUACUACCAUAAACAUUUUGUGUGUUUUUUUCUUUAUGUACAAUCAAAUGAAUUUCCUGCAACUUGGAAAAUGCCAUAAAAAUGCCUUUUAUUCAGCUCAGGGCGGAAACCGAUCAAUCAUUUGGGUUAGAAAUAACAAACCUGUGGUCUUAUUUCGUUCCAGUGAAAUGCUGAGCCUGUCCACAGCCAUUUUUAUUUUUUUUAUUCUCCCUGGAUUUAUUUGUGGUGUACAUAUAUAUAUUGUAACUCUAGUUGUCAGUUUGUUGUAAAUGAGGUUGCCUUAACUGUAAAAUGUUUUCUUGUUGAAAUGUGUCAGAAUGCAUCAAACAACUCCAUGCUUAAGAAAAUUUUUAUUAAAUACGUUGAACCUUGGUAUAAAAGUAAAACAUAUGUAUACAUUUAAAGACAAACAUAGGUAAAGUAACAAAGCAAUAAGGCUAAGAUAAUGUCAUUUUGAAGCACUGCCAUCACCACCACUAUGUCAGGGAAACCCAGUCCUGAUAAGUAUAUUGUAGACCUACAUUCUGUAGUAUUUGUGACUUAGUAUAUACAUACAUAAGUAUAUUUCAUAUAAUAAACUGUGUUAAGGAAUGGGUUGUUACAGAAGUGUUUAUGAAAGUGCUUUUGAAAGUGUAUCACCCCUUAAAGAUUUCCACAAAUCAAAAAUGUCCAAUCGUUUAAUCAAAAUAGCAAUGCUAUAUUUAGGCACAUCUUUACUCAGUUUGGUUGUGUACAUAGUCCAACCAUGUGGAAAUGUUAAGGGAGGCUGAAAACACUUCAAACGUGUCACAUUGUAACC